UAUCUAGCAUGCAUGAUAUCUUCUGAUUUAAACUUUGAAAAAUGAAACUACAAGUAAAACGUGGCUGAGGUUCGUUUAAGAUAUGAAAGAGAAAGUAGUUGUAUUUGAUAAUGUGUUUGGUCAAUUGCAGAUGUACCUUAAAAGUGGGUUGGCGUAGAAUCAGUUUGAACAUCUUUGAAUUAUACAUAACUUUCAAAAUUGUGUAGCUGUAAUUGUAGCCAGCAACAAGCGUACUCAUAUACAUUUUUUAGCGUCCUAAAUAAAAUGUUCGCAUUUAUUCCAACAGGCUAAAAACUGUAUAAAUACAAGAGUAAAUUGCAUCCCAUUGUUUAAUAUAAUUUCAAGCAAUCAUGGUUUCUUUCAUUCUUCUCCAAGCUGCUUUGCUUUUUACUCUUCUCGUAUCUUUUGCCUCUGCUGCACCGGCUGUAAAAGACGGAUGUGAAGGUUUCCAUGUCACAUCUCCUACCACUUACUUUACGACCACGGCGGGACAAUGCCAGGAGGUCUCGUAUGAUUUUGGGGCUUCUGCACCUGCUAAACCUUCAACAAUAAAGAUUGAUCUUUACGAAUACAAGACGGACAAGUUUAUCAAUACCUUGGUCAAGAAUGUUGCUGCAACUGGUAUUGUUUCGCCUUGGUUUAAUAUUGAUUUAGGCAGUUAUCAAAAAACGGGUGAUUACUACUUUCUCGUUACUUAUGGGGCUAGUUGUAAACCUAUCAAGACAUCUUACUUCCAUGUUUUGUAUAACAAAAACUCUCCUCCAGCUGUAUGCCCUAAAUAAAGUCAAUGUUUGUUUUUUUACGUGCGUUUUUUUUUCAAGAAGUAACGGAGGUAUCCUGUCAUAGCUUCUCUAAUAAAACUUUAAAUUUUUUCUUAAAAUGAUUGUUUUAUAGUGUACUGUAUAUGUGCUAUUAUAAUGUAGAAACAGAGUUUUCCGAAUUAAAGUCUUCUUCAUCUUUUGUAUAUAUGGUGCUAUUCUUUGCGUUUCAAGAAAAA